AUGUCUUUUCCUCCUACCCCCGCCAUGUCUGGCGAGUUCAUUAUCAAAGACCAGCCUGAGACAGGCACCGAUGUCUUUGCGCUACCUCCAGCCGCGUUAAGCCCAAAUGAGAGCAGACGAUCCUCUCGCUCAGAUCCAUCAUAUGUGCCUGUGUCGCCAACGUCACCAGAUCUGUCAGGUCGUCGUGGUUCCCAAGCUGCUCGUUCGGGGAGUAGUAUGAAGCGGCCGCUGGAGGACUUUGACUUGCCUCCGCCGCCGACUCGAACCCGCAAGAUUAUUCAGAUGAAGCCAAAGUCCCCGGCUGCAUCUGCAUCGAAGAGUGCAUCCAAAUCGAAGGAUAGUAAGGGUGCCACUCAGACUCCCAAUGAGGCAACCAAUACCACGACCUCGAAGAAGAAGCAGCCGAGUGCAACUAGUGCAGCAGGACGCAAGAUUGCACGCAAAACAGCCCACAGUCUGAUCGAACGUCGUCGACGAUCAAAGAUGAACGAAGAAUUUGGGACGUUGAAGGAUAUGAUCCCAGCAUGUACGGGACAGGAGAUGCACAAGCUAGCAAUUCUGCAGGCAAGCAUUGACUACGUCAACUACCUAGAAAAAUGCAUCCGAGACCUCAAAACCGCCGGUCCAUCCCAUACUCCAGCCGCCCCACCCUCCCCCACAUCCCCAGAAUUCAUCAUGGAAAACGCUCCCGAGCCCGAAAAAAUGCGUGAUUCGUCCUCCACAUACUCAUACUCUACAUCUGCCUCACCGGUCUGCUUUGACCCGGCCAUGAAUAGGAGCAUGCAGUCGCAAAUGUCGGAUACAUCCCCCUCAUUCUCCCCUCGCACCCAGAUUCCCUCUGCACAGAAUAUCCCGGAGCAUGCAGUAUCUGUCCUUCCUAGUCCAGCACUAGGCCCUGUUUGGGCUUCGGAGGAGAAGAUGCAUGAGCUUCAGGGGGUUGAUCAGGAGGCUUCCGCCGCUUUGCUGAUGUUGACCCGGGAUCGGAGGGGGACUGCUGAUUCUAUAAAUGAGCAUUUCUCUGCUGGGACGGCGCUUAUUCCCCCACCUGAGAAUAGGGCUGUCGUUCCUCUUGAAGCGCAAAGGAGGAAGGGAAUGAGUGUGAGGGAUUUGCUUAUUUCUUGA